AUGGGUCGCCUCCACAGCAAAGGAAAGGGUAUCUCCGCCUCCGCGAUCCCUUAUUCGCGCAACCCUCCCUCAUGGCUGAAGACGACCCCCGAGCAGGUCGUUGACCAGAUAUGCAAACUGGCAAAGAAGGGCGCUACUCCCUCUCAAAUUGGUGUUAUCCUAAGAGACAGCCAUGGAAUUGCACAGGUUAAGGUUGUUACUGGUAAUAAGAUCCUCCGGAUCCUGAAGUCGAACGGCCUCGCUCCCGAAAUCCCUGAGGACCUUUACAUGUUGAUCAAGAAGGCCGUCGCUGUCCGCAAGCAUCUUGAGCGCAACCGCAAGGACAAGGACAGCAAAUUCCGUCUCAUUCUCAUCGAGUCGCGUAUCCACCGCCUGUCCCGCUACUACAAGUCUGUUGGUGUCCUCGCGCCCACCUGGAAAUAUGAGAGUGCCACUGCCAACACUCUGGUCGCAUAA